CGUCUCGUGCAGCGCAGUUCGCUCGAGCGCUCUGAACAAUGACUGCGCGAGAGGAUGAUGUGAAUCUGGACAAAUGAGUGAUUUAACAUCAUUACUGCACAUCGCGCUGUUUUGUACGCUUUUUUCACAACAAACACACUGAAUAUGUGGAUUCCUACGGAACACGAGAAAUACGGAGUCGUGCUGGCCAGUUUUCGAGGAACGGUGCAACAUGGCUUGCCUCUGGAGAUCGGUGAUACGGUGCAGAUCCUCGAGAAAUGUGAAGGUUGGUACAGAGGAUUCGUCCUCAAGAACCCGAAUGCCAAGGGCAUUUUCCCAUGCAGCUACAUCCAUCUGAAGAAUGCUCAUAUCAAGAAUAAAGGGCAGUUUGAGACGGUAGUGCCGACCGAAGACUCUGUCAUUACGGAGAUGACGUCCACCCUGAGGGACUGGGGUGCCAUGUGGAAGCAGCUCUUUGUGAAAAAUGAAGGAGAUCUGUUUCACAGACUGUGGCACGUGAUGAAUGAGAUUUUGGACCUCAGGCGGCAGGUACUGGUGGGUCACUUGACCCACGACCGCAUGAGGGACGUCAAACAGCACAUCACGGCACGUCUGGACUGGGGCAACGAGCAGCUAGGUUUGGACCUGGUACCCAGGAGGGAGUUCAGCAUGGUGGACCCGGAUGAAAUCAGCGUCACCGAGCUCUACCGUCUGAUGGAGAAUCGGCACCGGAAGAAGGAAACUCCGACUCCUGUCAGCACACAUCACCUGUUUGUCCACUUGAAGAGUCUGAUGAGCUCAAACCUGGGUGAAGAGCUGGAGGUUUUCUUCUUCAUCUAUGACAGUCGAGAGAACAAACCGCUCAGUGAAAGGUUCUUUGUUAAACUCAAUAAAAACGGUCUGCCCAAGUUUCCCGAGAAGAGCGAAAGACAAUGCACACUUUUUGUGGAUCUGGGCAGCGGCGACCUGAGAAAAGACGUGUAUAUUGUGGUACACAUCAUUAGGAUUGGGAGGAUGGGUGCAGGAGAGAAGAAGAACACGUGUAAUGUGCAGUACAGACGUCCGUUCGGCUGUGCUGUGGUCAGCAUCGCUGAUCUUCUCACUGCUGACUCCAAAGACGACCACCUGCUGAAGGUCUAUGCUUGCAACACAGAAAGCGACUGGAGUCAAAUCCAUGAAAACAUCAUUAAGAAAGUCAACUCCAGAUACAACCUCUCAGGCUCCAACACAGGUCUGGCGGUGGCGCUCCAGUUGCUACACGGCGACAUCGAGCAGCUGCGGAGAGAAUACAUGGUGCUUUUUACCAGAGGAGUGUCCAUUACCAAAAAACUGGGCUUCUCUGAUGUCAUCAUGCCAGGUGAAAUGAGAAAUGAUCUCUACAUAACUCUGGAGAAGGGCGAGUUCGAGAAGGGAGGCAAGAGCGUGGCGAGGAACGUAGAGGUCACCGUCUACGCGCUGGACGCCGAUGGACAGAUCCUCAAGGGGUUUGUGGCCGUGGGCUCGGGUGAGCCGGGCGGAGACGAGUAUCACACCUUCGUGCUUUACCACAACAACAGUCCACGCUGGGCGGAGCUAAUCAAGCUGCCCAUCCCGGUCGACAUGUUCCGGGGAUCUCACGUCCGCUUCGAGUUCCGCCACUGUUCCACAAAAGACAAGGGGGAAAAGAAGCUGUUCGGCUUCUCAUUCGUUCCUCUAAUGCAGGAAGACGGCCGGACUCUGCCCGACGGCACCCACGAGCUCAUCGUUCAUAAGUGUGAGGAGAACGCUAACCUGCAAGACUGUGCUCGCUACCUCAAACUGCCCUUCUCGAAAUCAAACCUGCCCGGCAACAACCAAACUAUGAAAGGCACCAAGGAAUCCCUGUGGAUCACGUCAUUCCUCUGUUCUACCAAACUCACUCAGAACGGUGACAUGCUGGACUUACUGAAGUGGAGAGCCCAUCCGGACAGAAUCAGCGACAGCCUGUCUAAACUCAAAGAGAUCGAUGGCUCAGAAAUAGUUAAGUUUUUACAGGAUACACUGGACACGCUUUUCGGCAUUUUGGACGAGAGCUCACAAAGAUAUGCACUCAAGGUGUUUGAUUGUCUGGUGCACAUUAUAAACUUGCUCCAGGACAGCAAGUUUGAGCAUUUUAAACCAGUCAUGGACACCUACAUUGAAAGCCACUUUGCAGGAGCCCUGUCAUACAGGGAACUGAUCAAGGUGCUUAAGUGGUACGUGGACCGCAUUAUUGAAGCGGACCGUCAGGAGCACAUCCAACAGGUGCUAAAGGCGACGGAGUAUAUUUUUAAGUAUAUUAUCCAGUCGCGACGGCUGUUUGCGCUCGCCACGGGCGGACAGAACGAGGAGGAGUUUCGCUGCUGUAUGCACGAGCUCUUCAUGUCCAUCCGCUUCUUCCUCUCGCAGGAGAACAAGAGCUCGCGGCCCAUCACACAGACACAGGCCGUGUUUCUACAGUCAUUCCCAGCUGUGUACAGUGAAUUGCUGAAGCUCUUUACGGUCAGAGAAGUGGCCACGUUUGUACGGGAGACGCUGGGCAGCCUCCCCACCGCGUCUCAAGCAGACUGCCCCCUGGAGGCCGUCAAACUGCACUGCAUUGCGAAAACCGUAGAAAGCCAGCUCUACACAAACCCUGAGUCUAGAUGCAUCCUGCUCCCGGUGGUGCUGCGUUUGCUCCAGGCUCACAUGCAGGAGCAGCGAGAUCUCGUUAUGUGCGCUCACAUACUCACCUGCAUGCUGUCUCUCCUCAAGAAGGAAGACACGGAGCCAGUAGUAUCUGAAGAGGUGGCUCUGAUCGUGGAGAGUGUUUUGGGCGUCUUGCUACGAACCAUAUUGGAAAUCGCUAACCGGCCGCAACAAGCGGGGCCUACGCUACGGCCCCAAGUCCAAGACGUUACGGCUGAUUUUGUGUCGUGUCUUUUGGCUCUGUUGAGGCAUAUGAAGGACAGACACUACCAGCAACUCUUGCAGAGGUUCACCAGUAAAGACGACCUGCGGGACUUUCUCCUGCAUAUCUUCACUGUGUUUCGGAUCCUGAUAAGACCAGAGAUGUUCCCCAAAGACUGGACGGUCAUGCGGCUCGUCACUAACAACAUCAUCAUCACCACGGUGCUCUACCUGUCAGACGCUUUAAGGAAAAACUUUCUCAGUGACAAGUUUGACUAUAAGGUGUGGGAUUCCUACUUCUGUCUGUCUGUUAUAUUCAUCAAUCAGCCCUGCCUUCAGCUCGAGACCUUCUCUGCAUCAAAGAGGAAGAAAAUACUGGAAAAGUACGGAGACAUGCGCGUCAUGAUGGGAUGUGAGAUCUUUAGCAUGUGGCAGAAUUUAGGAGAGCACAAGCUGAACUUCAUCCCGGCGAUGAUUGGCCCGUUCCUGGAGGUGACGCUGGUGCCUCAGCCGGACCUGAGGAACGUGAUGAUCCCCAUCUUUCACGACAUGAUGGACUGGGAGCAGCGCCGGAGCGGCAACUUCAAACAGGUGGAGGCAAAACUUAUCGACAAGCUGGACAGCCUCAUGUCAGAGGGGAAAGGAGACGAAACGUACAGAGAGCUCUUCAACAGCAUAAUUCCUCUGUUCGGUCCGUAUCCUAGUCUGUUGAAGAAGAUCGAGAGAGAGACGUGGAGAGAAAGCGGGAUAUCCCUCAUAGCCACGGUCACACGGCUGAUGGAGCGACUGCUGGAUUACAGAGACUGUAUGAAAUUGGGAGAAGUGGAUGGAAAAAAGAUUGGCUGUACAGUCAGUCUGCUGAACUUCUACAAAACAGAGCUGAAUAAAGAGGAAAUGUACAUCCGCUACAUUCACAAGCUGUAUGACCUGCACCUAAAAGCACAGAAUUACACAGAGGCCUCGUACACACUUCUGCUGUACGACGAGCUGCUGGAGUGGUCUGAGAGACCUUUGCGGGAGUUUCUGAGUUACCCCAUGCAGAGCGAGUGGCAGAGGAAGGAGUAUCUGCACCUCACCAUCAUCCAGAACUUUGAUCGUGGAAAGUGCUGGGAGAACGGCAUCAUCCUGUGCAGAGAGUUAGCAGACCAGUACGAAUCCUACUACGAUUACAGAAACCUCAGCAAAAUGAGGAUGAUGGAAGCUUCGUUUUAUGAUAAAAUAAUGGACCAACAGCGUCUGGAGCCAGAGUUCUUCCGAGUGGGCUUCUACGGCAAGAAAUUCCCCUUCUUUCUACGUAAUAAGGAGUUUGUGUGCCGUGGUCAUGACUACGAGCGUCUGGAGGCGUUCCAGCAGCGCAUGCUCAAUGAGUUCCCUCAUGCCAUCGCAAUGCAACACGCCAACCAGCCUGACCAGACCAUCUACCAGGCUGAAGCCCAGUAUCUGCAGAUCUAUGCCGUCACACCAAUCCCAGACAGCCAGGACGUCCUGCAGCGCGACGGCGUCCCCGACAACAUCAAGAGCUUCUAUAAAGUCAACCACAUUUGGAGGUUUCGCUACGACCGGCCGUUUCACAAAGGCACCAAAGACAAAGAAAACGAGUUUAAGAGCCUGUGGGUAGAAAGAACGACGUUAACGCUUGUUCAGAGUCUCCCAGGCAUCUCGCGCUGGUUUGAAGUGGAGAGGCGAGAGCUGGUGGAGGUGAGUCCUCUGGAGAACGCUAUCGAGGUCAUCGAGAACAAGAACCUGCAGUUACGGACGUUGAUCACUCAGUGUCAAACCCGACAGAUGCAAAACAUCAACCCGCUGACCAUGUGUCUCAACGGAGUCAUCGACGCCGCUGUCAACGGAGGCCUCGCUCGCUAUCAGGAGGCAUUCUUCGUAAAGGAAUACAUCAUGAAUCACCCCGAAGACGGAGACAAAAUCGGCCGUCUCCGCGAGCUCAUGUUCGAGCAGGCUCACAUACUGGAGUUUGGUUUGACGGUGCAUGAGAAGUUUGUUCCUCAGGACAUGCGGCCUCUGCACAAGAAACUGGUGGAUCAGUUCCAUCUCAUGAAAUCCAGCCUCGGCAUACAGGAGUUUCCGGCCUAUGCGCGAGCCAGUCCGAUCCACUUCACCAACGGAAGCCCUCGAGUCGGAAGAAACUCAGCGCCAAACAUAAUGAGUCCAGAGGGAGGAGCGCGUGUGGUGUCACGCCGCAGUCCUCUCAGCUACCCAGCAGUCAACCGCUACUCUUCAUCCUCGCUGUCAUCGCAGGCCUCCAAUGAAGUGAGCAACAUCACGGGCCAAUCAGAGAGCUCAGAUGAAGUCUUCAACAUGCAGCCAAGUCCGUCUACCUCAAGUCUUAGUUCCAAUCACUCGGCCUCUCCCAACGUGACCAGUUCGGCUCCGUCCAGUGCCAGAGGUUCUCCACAGUUGUCAGAUAAACACAAGCAUUCCCGAGAGAACUGCCUCUCGCCGCGAGAGAGACCCUGCAGCGCCAUAUAUCCAAACCCCCUGGAUCCCACACAGAGGCCGGUUCCACACCCAGCGGGCGAUGCCUCCUUGCCUCGCAGUGACCCCAACAUCUCCACCCCUGACAAAGUGGUGAAGCCCGCACCAAGUAGCUGGAGUCUAGACACGCCGCUCUCUGAUUUUAAUGGAAAGUGUCCCCCUGUCCCUCCUAGACCGCCAUACUCAGGAUCUCCUGCCAAGACUACACGAUCACAGUCCCCCGUGAUGACAUCACGCUCGCCGCAGAAGACCUGUGUGCCUCCGUUCACCCCCUCGCCCACGGAGUGCCAGUCGACAGGCUUGGUGUCGAAUUCCCCGGUGCUUUCCGGAAGCUACAGCAGCGGCAUCUCGUCUCUCAGUCGCUGCAGCGUCUCUGAGGCCUCCGGAACGGAGAACACGCUCACUGACCACGCCCUUCCAACUCCGCCUCCAGCGGAUCAGGACGAGCUCAUUCGACGGGAAAACAAGACCCCGCCUCCUUAUAGCAUACACGAGAGGAACAACCCCCGCAGACAGGUCCCGCUUCCACCGAGCCUGUCGAUUCCACCGAGCAUCGACGCGCCACCCAUUCCGCCCAAACCGCAUCAGAUUCGAAGGCAAGACACUGAGCCGCGCCGGCCCGACGUGUUUCCCAGACCCCGACCCCUUCCUAGGAAAGUCUCACAGCUCUAACGCUGCACCCUUCAACCCGACCGUUUGCACUUUUACACUUAACCUCUCUGGGUUUACGAUUACAAACUCCCGAUUUAGAUUAAAUGUAUAGACUGUUGAAUAUUUUUAUUAUAUCUAUAUAAAUAUUUAGAGCGAGAGAGGGGAUACAGGGGUAUGACUGCAUUUUAUGCACUUUUUAGGUCUGAAAUUAUAACUUCGCUUGUCAAAUUACCCGUGCCCCUUAAUUAACUCUAAACAGAACUUAGUACCAUGGUAUUUUCUCAGAUUUUUCAUAGAUUUAUCGAUGCUAAUAUGUAUUUAUAGUGGUUGAUACAAGACAUGUUUGCCUUAAGAGUCUUUUUAUCAAUGAGAAAUGCACGAUUCAAAGUACUUUGUACUUUUUAUUUAGACAAAAGGUGCUAAAGUUCUCUUUAUUAUAUUAGCACGAUAUAUUCAGGAUUGCGUUUUCCUUUGGGUCCAGGGCCUGUUCACACCGAAUGAGAGGAAAAAUGUGGGGUUAAAUAAUAAAAUAUUCACACAGUAGUCCAUAAAGUGUCGGGAAAUAAUAUUUAUUGCAGAUUUGCAUUAAAUUAACUUUUCUGCAUUGGCAUUAUCUGUAAUUCCCAUGUGCCCUGUGGGUUUAUGUUUAUGCAUAUUUAUUAUAUAUAUGCACAUAUUCUAUUAGUGGACUUUCAAAGGAGACUGGGUUUAGGUCUGCAUUACAAAGGGUUCACAAACUUGAAUUACUUAUAUAUGUCAUUUUCAUGUUCAAACAGGCAUGUGCAAACACAGUCAGAAGUUUACAUACACCUUGCAGAAUCUGCAAAAUGUUAAUUAUUUUACCAAAAUAAGAGGGAUCAUACAAAAUGCAUGUUAUUUUUUAUUUAGUACUGACCUGAAUAAGAUAUUUCACAUAAAAGAUGUUAGUGAUAGUUAUUCCUUGUUUGUCCUGAACAGUUAAACUGCCCGUUCAGGUCCCACAGAUUCUUUGGUUUUGAGCAUUUUUUUGCAUUUGAACCCUUUCCAACAAUGACUGUAUGAUUUAGAGAUCCAUCUUUUCCCACUGAGGACAACUGAGCGACUCAUUUGCAACUUUUACAGAAGGUUCAAAUGCUCACUGAGGUUUCAGAAGAAAAAACAAUGCAUUAAGAGCCGGGGGGUGAAAACUUUUGAAAAGAAUGAAGAUGUGUAUAUUUUGCUUAUUUUACCUAAAUAUCUUCUUUAUUUUUUCAUUCAAUAUUGCCCUUCAAAAGCUACAGAAGAUACUUGCAUGUUUCCCAGAAGACCAAAUAAGUCAAAUUUAUCCUUAUCUUCAAAUUCAAAAAGUUUUCAUUGUGUUUCCUUCUGGAGCAUCAGUAUGUGUUUGAUCCUUCUGUAUUAGUUAGAGUCCCUCAGUUGUCCUUGGUGUGAAAAGAUGGAUCUUAUAAUCAUAGAAUCUUUGUUGGAAAGUGUUCAAAUACACAAAAUGCUGAAAAACCAAAGAAUUGGUGGGACCUGAAGGAUUUUUCUAAAGAACAGCAGGCAGUUUAACUGUACAGGACAAACAAGGGACUCAUGAACAACUAUCACUAAACAAAAAAACAGCUGUGGAUCAUUCAACAACACAGUAUUAAGAAUCAAGUGUGUGUAAACUUUUGAAAAGAGUAAUUUUUAUAAAUUAAACAAUUAUUUUCUCUUGUGGACUUAUGUAAACGUAUUUUAUGUGAAAUAUCUUAUUCAGGUCAGUGUUAAAUAAAAAAUAACAUGCAUUUUGUAUGAUCCCUUUUAUUUUGAUAAAAUAAUCAACAUUUUGCAGAUUCUGCAAGGUGUAUGAAAACUUUUGACUUAAACUGUUUAGCCAAUUCCAAUAGAGAGGUUAAAAGGCCUAAAUGUCGCCAGCGUGCUAGACUGCAUCAGCAGCAGUUACUUUGUAAAUAAAGCAAAAAAGCAUUCAUGUCAUUGUUCAGUCAGUUUUCUUUACAGUCUGAUGUGAAGAAAACAUAGAUUCGCUUAAAAAGAAGUUUGCACUCGGUGUGAAUAGGCCUUAAGAAAGCUGCUGCUUCUGUAAGACCAAGCUACCGUAGUCUUUAUUCUUAUUACUAAAAAUCCAAAUGCAAAGAGCUUUCGUGGGUUCGACAAAUCAGAAAAGUUUCACCGUUUGAACUGCCACCUUUGCAUUGACUAAUGUGCCAUUUAUGUAAUUGGAGCGCACUUGUGUGCGAGUCUACAGUAUAUAGGCUUUGGAGUCCUAUAGCACUGAUAGUUUCUUUCUCAGUUUCGUUGAAGUUUGGCGUCCGAAUGAUAAGAAGCCAGUUGUGGGCGAGUCUAUAAGGGCCUUUGGAGCCCUGCAGCAUUGAUAGUUCCUUCAGAUUUUUUUGGAGUUGGGGGUCUGAAUAAUUGGAAGCCGCGUAGGUGGUGCGAAAGAUUCCCAACAAGGAUUUCCGUGCAUACGCCCACAUGGUAUUAAAUGGAGAUGGACUUCAGUGGAGAUUUGCCAAGUUUUGUGCCAAAGGAACAGGUGGGCUGUAAGGAAAAUGGAUGUCUUGAACCCGAAGAUGCUUUAUUGGGAUGCAAAUGGAGCGUUAGACUUUACAGUGGACCUGAGACAAAGUGGUAAAAGAGCUUGAUAUGAAAAGUACUUGAUCUACCUAGGGCAUUACAGAGACUCAAGCUGCCAUUGGGCAAUAAGGGCUGCCAUUCCUGUUCACACUUAAAAUCCAGUCCAAUCCGGAUUGGCACCUCUGGACUGUAUCUUUACCAACCUCAUGUUUUAUUUACCUGUAUCAAAUGCAGGUAGAGCCACCAUCUACAACUUUGAAUAAUUAUUACACAUGCAUAAAUGCCAACAAAGACAGCAUUUUAGUGCCACAUUAAAAAAUAAAAACUCCAAGUUUAUGAGAUUAAAGUCAUAAUAUUUCGAGAAUAAAGUCGAAUUAUUUCGAGUAUAAAAUAGAAAUGACAAGAAUAAAGUCAAAAUGUUUCAAGAAUUUAAAUCGUAGAAAUUAAAGUUUUGAGAGUAUAGCCUAUAUUGCGCAGUGUGUCAGCCACCCAGUAAUCCCAAUAAUUUAGUGCUUUUUUGCUUUUUAAUAUAACACAGCUCAGCUUUCAAAUUCUGUCAAUUUGAUCACAAAGUACAAAUUAGAAAUGUCUUUGUAUUUGACUUUAUUCUUGUAGUAUUUUGACUUUAAUUCGUAAUUUCGACUUUAUUCUCAAAAUAUUU